AUGGUCGUCCUCAAGAGCUUCGUGCUCGGCGCUCUGGCAGCUACCGUUGCCGCCAAGUCUGCCGUGCUUGACCUCAUUCCCUCCAACUUUGACGACGUCGUCCUCAAGUCUGGCAAGCCCACUCUCGUCGAGUUCUUUGCUCCCUGGUGUGGCCACUGCAAGAAUCUUGCCCCCAUCUACGAGGAGCUUGCCACCGCCUUCGAGUCCUCCAAGGAUGUCCAGAUUGCCAAGGUGGACGCCGACGCCGAGAGAGACCUGGGCAAGAGAUUCGGGAUUCAGGGAUUCCCUACCCUCAAGUGGUUCGAUGGCAAGAGCGACCAGCCUACCGACUAUAAGGGAGGUCGUGAUCUUGAGGCCCUGAGCACCUUCAUUACGGAGAAGACUAGUGUCAAGCCCAAGAAGAAGUACACCCCGCCCAGCGCCGUUAACAUGCUCACCGACGAGUCCUUCAAGACCACCAUUGGCGGCGACAAGGACGUUCUCAUUGCCUUCACUGCUCCUUGGUGCGGACACUGCAAGACCCUCGCCCCCAUCUGGGAGACCGUUGCCCAGGACUUCGUCCUCGAUGAGGGUGUUGUGAUUGCCAAGGUUGACGCUGAGGCUGAGAACAGCAAGGGCACUGCCGCCGCCCAGGGCGUCUCUUCCUACCCCACCAUCAAGUUCUUCCCCAAGGGUUCCAAGGAAGGCGAGCUUUACACCGGCGGCCGCAGCGAGGAGGACUUUGUCAACUUCAUCAACGAGAAGGCUGGUACUAACCGCAGCCCCGGUGGCGCUCUCAACGCCAUUGCCGGUACCAUUGCUUCCCUCGACGAGAUUGUCGCCAAGUACACUGGCGGCACCAGCCUGUCCGACGCUGCCGCCGAGGCCAAGAAGCAGGCCGAGACCCUCAAGGAGAAGGCCCAGUACAAAUACGCCGAGUACUACGUCCGCGUCUUUGACAAGCUCAGCAAGAGCGACGGCUACGCCCAGAAGGAGCUUAAGCGCCUCGACGGCAUCCUCUCCAAGGGUGGCCUCGCUCCUGCCAAGCGUGACGAGAUCACCAGCAAGACCAACAUUCUCCGCAAGUUCCUCGAGAAGGUCACCGGUGAGAAGGAGGAGUUGUAG